GCAUUUGAAGCGUUUUGGUAUAGUUUCCGAUACUCACAUUUUUGCCAACUCUAUUAAAUUUUAUACACAAUUUCCCCGGGCAAAACACGAAUUGUAAACAAAAUCCGGGACAUCCCAAGCCGCAAUGGACUCGUGUUUCUUUUGCGGCGCUGUAGAGCUGAGCUCUGGAACAAGUCGGUAUGAAAAACUGUCGGCCAAAGUGCCCUCGUCACAGAAGACUGUCUCCCUAGUGCUCACGCACCUGGCCAACUGCAUCAACACGCCGCUGGACGUAAAGACGAACUCCCGUCUAUGUCCGCGCUGCUUCACCGAGCUGUCGGACUACGACACCAUUAUGGUCAACCUGAUGACGACACAGAAGCGGCUCACUAAUCAACUGAAACACGCCCUGAAGUCGGAUUUCGAUGCACCGGAGUCCGGCGAGGAUCUUUUAGUGGAGGAGGAGGAGGACGAAGUGCCGCUGGAGGAGGAGGACACGGAUGCCGAUGCCGAAGCGGAGGCCCUGUUCGUAGAGCUAGUUAAGGACCAGGAAGACUCGGAUACUGAGAUCAAGCGGGAGUACGAAGGCGACGACGAAAAUGAGUUCCUCUGCGAGGUGGAGGUGGGUGAGUCUGAGGGAAAUUAUGCCAAGGGCGACAGCGAAGACAAGCCUAUGCGAAAACGGGUCAAGCAGGAGUGCAGCACCUGCGGAAAGGUGUACAACUCGUGGUACCAGCUCCAGAAGCACAUCAGCGAAGAGCACUCUAAGCAGCCCAAUCAUGUCUGUCCCAUUUGCGGGGUAAUACGUCGCGACGAGGAGUACCUUGAACUACACAUGAACGUACACGAAGGCAAGACGGAGAAGCAGUGUCGCUACUGCCCAAAGAGCUUCUCGCGCCCAGUAAACACAUUGCGUCACAUGCGAAUGCACUGGGAUAAGAAGAAGUACCAGUGUGAAAAGUGCGGACUUCGGUUUUCGCAGGACAAUUUACUAUAUAACCACCGUCUGCGCCAUGAAGCUGAGGAGAACCCUAUUAUUUGCAGCAUAUGCAAUGUGUCGUUCAAGUCACGAAAGACCUUUAACCAUCACACCCUCAUCCACAAGGAGAACCGGCCGCGCCACUACUGUUCUGUGUGCCCAAAGUCUUUCACUGAGCGAUACACACUUAAGAUGCACAUGAAGACUCACGAAGGCGAUUUAGUCUAUGGCGUUAGGGAGGAGGCACCCGCCGACGAGCAGCAGGUAGUGGAGGAGCUGCAUGUGGACGUGGACGAAUCGGAGCAGGCAGUUACCGUGAUUAUGUCGUCGGACAAUGACGAUAACAGCGGAUUCUGCCUGAUCUGCAGCACCAACUUUGAAAACAAGAAAGAGCUGGAGCACCACUUGCAGUUCGAUCACGACGUUGUCCUGAAAUAAGAAAAUUAUUUUUUCCUGCAAAUAUCAACAGCUAGCAUAUUCCCUUCUUUUUACUUCAUUAUAUUGUAGAUAUCGAUGUCCCUUUAAAAUUUAAUUUUUGGCAUCCGAGAGGCAUCGAGUUUAUGAAAUUUAUGCUCGGUUAAUUCGACUGCACUUAAUUAUGUAAAUGGAACUAAUAAAGAUCCAAACCGUAUCAUCGACUUGUACUAAUACUAAUAAUAUAAAAUA